CCGAAACUGCAGCAUUCGGCUGCGAGUGCAUAGGGCCCGAAUAACCCUCGUUCUGCACAAACUUUCCACACCAAUCGCUCAGCCUCAGCGGCGCUAGCUUUCUAUCGACGCGUCAGUGCUGUCGCUGCAUUGCACCAUUGCCGCGGUGUCUUCAAGUUUCUGCUAGUGUCACGACCGGCGCCCGCCGUCCGAGAUGGGCGACACGAAGGAUGGACCCCCCAAGGGGAAGAAGGAUUCGAAGAAGUCCGAGAACCUCCGGAAGGACCUGCCGAUCACGGCUCACGAGCAAACGAUAGAGGAGGUAGCCGCGGAGUUCAACACCUCCACGAGUAGAGGCCUGACGGCGGCGCAAGUGGUGGAGAGCCGUGCCAAGCACGGCGAGAACCGCCUGACGCCGCCCAAGGUCAAGCCAUGGUGGAUGCUUUACAUCGAGCAGUACACAAACUUCUUCUCGCUGCUUCUCAUUGCCGGCGGCAUCCUGUGUUUCAUCGCCUACGGCAUCGAUCAAUCGGAUGCGUCCAACUUGUACCUGGGUGUGGUGCUCCUCGUGGUCGUGUUCAUUUCCUCCACCUUCGCCUACUUCCAAGAAGCCAAGAGUCAAGCCAUCAUGAACGGGUUCAAGGAGAUGGUGCCCAAGGAGUGCAAGGUCAUUCGCGACGGCGCUGCCAACAUCGUCAACCCGGCGGAGCUGGUGCCGGGCGACCUGGUGGAGUUCCAGGAGGGAGAUCAGGUGCCCGCCGACAUCCGUGUCAUUGAUUCGUACAACCUCAAAGUCGACAACGCCUCGCUCACAGGCGAGUCUGAAGCUUGCGAGCGCAGUGCGGUGCUGAUCGCGCCCUCGCACGGCCACGGCGGCGGCGGCGGCGGUGAUGUGGAGGAGGGCGGCAAGGGCCGUGCCAAGGUCCCCGCCAUCGAGGCCACCAACCUGAUCUUCUACACAACCAUGGUCGCCAACGGCCACGGCAAGGGCAUCGUCGUGGGCACCGGCGACAACACCGUGAUGGGCCAGAUCGCCGGUCUGACCGGCGAGACCACCGGCGACUCCGACCCGCCCAUUGUCCGCGAGGUGAAUCGCUUCAUCACCAUCAUCUCCACCAUCGCCAUCACCAUCGGCGUCGUGUUCCUGGGAGUGGGCAUUGGCAUGGGCGUCAUGACCGUGGUGCAGGCUCUGGUGUUCGCCAUCUCCGUCAUUGUGGCGGUCGUGCCUGAGGGCCUGCUGGUGACGCUGACGGUGGCUCUGGCGCUGACGGCGAAGCGCAUGCACAACAAGAACGUGCUGGUCAAGAACCUGCAGUCGGUGGAGACGCUGGGAUGCACCACCGUCAUCGCCUCGGACAAGACCGGCACGCUGACGCAGAACCGCAUGACCGUGCAGCACUGCUGGUAUGACAACCAGCUCUUUGACGUGCCCUCCGCCCGCAAUGCGCCCGAGCUGACCCAGAUGAUGUCCGACCCGGCCAAGAAGGGCAUGCACGGCUGGUCCCUGUUCGACCCCAACAACGGCUCGUUCAAGAUGCUGCAGCGCAUCGCCACGCUGUGCAACAACUCCGACUUUAUCGUGCAGGACAAGUUCGACCCCGGGGCUCCUCUCCUGGACCUGGAGAAGGAGGCGCUCAAGUCCGACUUCAACCUGCUCAACCUGGCCACCACAGGUGACGCCAGUGAGAGCGGCCUGAUCAAGGCGGUCCAGCUGCUGGAGGACGUGAAGAAGUACCGCGCCCGCUACCCCAAGCUGUUUGAGAUCAAGUUCAACUCCACCAACAAGUACCAGAUCGGCAUUCACGACCAGACCGUGGAUGGCGACAACCGCCCCCUACUGGUCAUGAAGGGUGCCCCCGAGCGUGUGUGGGCCGCUGCCUCCAAGAUCCUGAUCAACGGCCAGGAGGUGCCCAAGACCCCCGAGUGGGAGGCCAAGUUCAACACCGCCUAUGAGGGCCUGGGGGCGCUGGGCGAGCGCGUGCUGGGUUUCGCCUACCGCCACCUGGACGGCCUGCCGCACAACCACCCCUGGACCGACCAGCCCGCCGCCAACUUCCCCGUCAGCGAGCUCGUCUUCUGCGGCCUGUUCUCGCUCAUCGACCCGCCGCGCCUGGGCGUGCCCGAGGCGGUGGAGACCUGCAAAAAGGCGUCCAUCAAGGUGUUCAUGGUCACGGGCGACCACCCCAUCACCGCCAAGGCCAUUGCGCAGCAGAUCGGUAUCCUGGAUGACGAGGUGCUGCAGCGCGGCAAGGGCCGUGUGGUCACCGGUGACGACAUCCGUGUGCUGAUGGACAUUGCGGACGAGGGCAAGCGCCAGUCGGCCUGGGACGACAUCUUGUUGAAGAACGAGCAGAUCGUGUUCGCUCGCGUCACGCCCGCGCACAAGCUGCUCAUUGUGGAGAACAACCAGCGCCUGAAGCGGGUGGUGGCCGUCACGGGCGACGGCGUGAACGACGCGCCCGCGCUGAAGAAGGGCGACAUCGGCAUCUCCAUGGGCAUUGCCGGCAAGGCCGUGUCCAAGGAGGCGGCGGACAUGAUCCUCAUGGACGACAACUUCGCCUCCAUCGUCAACGGUGUGGAGGAGGGCCGCCUGAUCUUCGACAACCUCAAGAAGUCCAUCAUGUACACCCUGACCUCCAAGGUGCCAGAGCUGUCUCCCUUCCUUCUGUGGGUGAUUGCCGGCAUCCCCCUGGCCACCACCACCAUCCUCAUUCUGGCCAUCGACCUGGGUACCGACAUGAUCCCGGCCAUCUCGUUCGCCUACGAGACCCGCGAGGCCGACAUCAUGUGCCGCCCUCCCCGCAACGCCCACACCGACCACCUGGUGAACCUCAAGCUGCUGCUGUUCACCUACCUGCACAUCGGAGUCAUGCAGGCCGCUGCGGGCUGGUACGGCUACUUUGUGGCCAUGAACGACUACGGCUACACGCCCUGGGUGCUUCCCGGACUGGGGCACAAGUGGGAUGACCUGCCACUGCUGUGCAGGAUUGGCGACGGCCAGACCAAGGAGUGCGGCUUUGGCUGCGGCACCACCGACUAUGCCGGCAUCCAGAACGCCGUCAUCUCCGCCGCCCGCCUCAAUUCCACCUCUGCGGCGGCCAUGGUCAGCGCCACGGCUGGGUUCUGCGGCGACGGCUGCCAGGGCCUGAACUCCUACAACAACGCGUCGGACCCCUUCUCCGAGUUCGCGCCCGGCGGUGCCGGCUUCCGUGGCUUCGCCGCCGGUGUGGGUGCCGUGUGUGCGCGCACGUGCAACUGGUACCUGGGUCUGUCGGCGCAGCAGAAGAGCUACUACCUGGCUGAGGCCGCCAACCCCAACUCCGCGGAGCGCCUGAUCCUGACGCCCGCAGACGUGACCCAAUUCGACAUCUUCUGCGGCUCCGCCUUCAACGCGAACGUGUCCGCCACCUUCGGCUUCCCCGGCCGCGGCCAGGGCGACAGCAAGGAGGAGGCGGUGGCAGGUGCCGUGUACUGGUGGCGCGCCGCGGUGCAGGCCCAGCCCAACAUGAAGUACCAGAAGAACGCCCUGAGCCAGGGCCAGACCGCAUACUUCGUUGCUGUGGUCAUGAACAAGGUCAUCGCCGCGCUCAUCUCCAAAACGCGCAAGCUGUCGCUGUUCCAGCAGGGCGUCAAGAACAACCGCUUCAUGCUGUUCGGCUUUGUGUUCGAGGCCUGCCUGGUGGUGCUGAUCUCCUACGUGCCGCCGCUCAACGUGGUCUUCUCCACCGGCCCCCUGGCGGGGCUGCACUGGCUGUGCGGCAUCCCCUGGUUCCUGCUGUGCUUCCUGUACGACGAGACACGCAAGGCCGCGAUGCGGCGCUCGCCCGGCGGCUGGGUGGAGCGGCUCACGUACUGGUAAACGGCUAAAACCGUAACUGCCGGUGCCGUACGAACACGUGCAACGACAUUAGUUUGCAGUGGCGCCGAGGUCUGGACCCGCGUGACUGCGUUAGGCAGCAUUAGGCUGCGUUCGGCUGCGAAUGCGGCUGGGUUGUUAGUAAACCUACACUGAACUCAAACGGCCAGGUGCUCAAGGGCACAGGCGUAAGCGGCGGCAACAUGCGGCCGGCGAAGUGAAGGGCGGGCUGGUAUGGUUGGCCGCGGGCGGUCUGGUGCCAAGGGCCUUGCGCUGCGUUCGUUGCUGCAUACCGAACGUGAUAAUUAUUUGCGUGUUGCAUGGUGGCGUCACGUUCAUGUGCUUCAGACGCUUUGAGAAAUGCUAGGCAUCUCGAACGUGAUGGCUUUCCGCGCGGACCCACUUCGAAUGAGACACGAAGCGUUUGUUGACGCACGCAAAGGGGCUCUUUGGCUUGAGACUUGAAGAUGUGAGCGCAUUAGAGAUCAGUUUGGUGUGCAUUUGUUUUGCGGGGCGGGGGCGGGGCGCCGGUUAAGCUAGGCAAUCCUGAUAAGGUCGCGUAUUGUAGUGGCGGGGAAGUUAUUGCUGGCGUACGGUUGCAGUGGAGUCAGGAGUGGAAUGAGAGGUAACACAGUUACGGUAUGGAAGCCGGCUUUGCAUAGUAGGAAUGACCAGUAAUGGUGGCUCUCCUUCUGGAGGCAAAUGUGGGCUGCGCUAGGCCACGUUGGUGCAUGUCUGGGGCCUAAGAUUUCGAAAGUACUUCAUCUGCUGCGGACACCUGUAUGAAUGCAGAAUGAUGGUGCUCGGCUGUUAGCUGCUGCUCUUGUGUACGUGGGGUAGUCACUGUUCUAGGCUCAUGGUCAGCCGAAGCAAGGCGAUGUGUUUGUGUAGGGGACCUGGGAGCACGAGAGGCGCAUGAUACAACCGUGUACAUCCCACGAACCAAAGGUGCGUGCAUACGCGGGAUUGUAAGCGGAUGUAGUGAAUAUCAAGUAUCUCGGUGAAUAAGGCGUGGGUGAAGAACUGUGAAGAACUGUAGAUGGACCGCUGGCACCCCACGUACCGCACGUAUGCCAUGCCCGGACUCCCCUACUGUAAGCUGGAGGAACU